AAUCAAUGGGGUUGAGUUAUCCUGUUUUACAAGGUAUUUUGAAACGUGGUUACAAAGUGCCUACGCCUAUUCAAAGAAAGACGAUACCAUUGGCAAUGAUUGGCAAAGACGUGGUUGCCAUGGCUCGUACUGGCAGCGGUAAAACCGCUUGUUUUUUGAUACCACUAUUUGAAAAACUGCAAGCCAGACAGGCCAAGGCAGGAGCAAGAGCUUUGAUUCUAUCACCUACUAGAGAACUGGCUCUUCAAACGUUAAAAUUCAUCAAAGAUCUGGGAAAAUUCACGGGAUUAAAAUCGGCUGUCAUUUUGGGUGGUGACAGUAUGGAAACUCAAUUUUCUGCCAUUCACGGCAAUCCUGAUAUCAUUGUUGCUACUCCUGGCAGAUUUCUUCAUAUUCUUGUCGAAAUGAAUAUGAAUUUGAACAGCAUUGAGUUUGUUAUUUUUGAUGAAGCUGAUCGGUUGUUCGAAAUGGGUUUUGGAGAGCAAAUCAAUGAGAUAACAAAUCGACUGCCAAAUAGAAAGCAGGUGCUUUUAUUUUCAGCUACGUUACCAAAAAUCUUGGUAGAAUUUGCAAAAGUGGGACUUGACAAUCCAGUACUUGUGCGUCUUGACGUCGAAAGCAAGAUUCCUGACGAGCUGAAACUUUGUUUUGUAACUUGUAGACCUGAAGAAAAGCUGGCUGUCAUGAUGUGUUUGCUGAAACAAGUUAUAAAACCGGAAUCUCAAACAGUAAUAUUUGUGGCCACUAUGCAUCACGUUGAGUACAUAAGUCAAAUUCUGACUUUGGCUGGAAUAGCAAACUCAUUUUUGUAUUCUAAUUUGGAUGCGACUGCAAGAAAAAUAAAUGCAGCUAAAUUCCAGCAAGGAAAAGUAAAAGUACUUGUUGUAACAGACGUUGCUGCUAGAGGUAUUGAUAUACCUCAUUUAGAUAAUGUUAUUAAUUUCAACUUUCCGGCCAAAAGCAAAUUAUUUGUACAUAGAGUUGGCAGAUGUGCUCGGGCUGGACGAAGUGGAACUGCCUAUAAUAUAGUUAGCCCUGAUGAAUACUCUCAUCUUUUGGACCUACAUUUGUUCCUUGGGCGUUCAUUUAACAUUGUCCCUCCAACUGAAGCAAAAAACGUUCCAGAAGAAGCUAUAGGAAAAAUGCCACAAUCAAUGAUCGAGGAUGAACAGUCCAAUCUUAUAUCAUGGCAUGAAAGUAAUACUGAUGUUUACAACAUGCAAAGUGUAUGUGACAAUGCAUAUCAAAAAUAUAUAAAGUCAAGACCAGCAGCUUCCGUAGAAAGUAUCAAAAGAGUAAAGGAAUUGGACAUUUCAUUUGCUGGUGUGCUACCAGAAUUCAGAGGGCUUUGUAAUGAUGCUACUGAUUUGCUGACAAAGAUGAAAGGUUAUCGACCUCGAGGGACAGUAUUUGAAGUCGUUGCUAAACCUUCAUCAGUGGAUUAUAAAGUCAUGAAAGAGAAGCGAGCUUUCCACAAAGAUAAUAUUUUCAACCAUCACAGAAAAUUAGAGGAAAGGCAAAGUUGGAUUACAGAAGUUUCAGAAAGCCAAGAUACUUCUAAACUGCCAUCGAGUAGUAAUGACGAAAUAAAUUCAGCAUUUAGUGAAGUCAUCCUUCCAAAGAAAAGGAAAAUGGAUAACUUGUAUCGUGAUGAGAAGAAAAAGAAACGGAAAAACCUUAAGGAUGAAGAAUUUUAUAUACCUUACACCGCUCCAGAUCAACACACCGAAGAGGGUCUGGCUGUCAACAACUUUGCAUCUGAAGCAGAAAAGGCUCACUUUGAUCUUUGUGCCGAUAACAAUGAAUCGCAACGGCUUCAAAAGCAAAUUAAAAAGUGGGAUCGUAAGAAGAAGAAAAUGAUCACCAUCGACAACAAUUCUAGAGUUGGGAAAAUCCGCACAGAGUCGGGUGUUUGGAUUCCAGCUACUUAUAAAACAAAACGAUACGAGCAAUGGAAAGAUAAAAAUAAAGUUGUAGCUCAAAUGGAAGCUGUCGAGGAAGACGAGGACGCUGAUAAUGAAACACGUCGUCAACUAGAGAGGUUGGAUACAUCGAGAAUGACCCACUGGGCCAGACACAAUCAGAAGCUAAAAGAAAAGCUAAUGGUCAAGAGCGAGCUGAAGAGGCCGGAGCAGAUACUGAAGGCGCGCGAGAUACUGGAGAAGAAGAGGGCGAGGAGUGGGCGCAAGAAAGCAGGUGGCCGCAAAGGUGGUGGGAAAGGUCGCAACAGGCGCAGAUAAGUCCACGCAAAUUUUCACAUCUGAUCGUACUCAAACGGAUGUAUACCAUUGAAGGCUGUAAGAUAAAAAUAAUUAUUGUUAAACCAUA